CCUCCCUCCCUGCACCCGCGCUCGGUCCCUCCCUCCGUACCUCCGUCCCUCGUCGUCGUCGUAGUCGUCGUCGUCGUCUUCCGUCAGUCAUUCUGAGAACGGAAAAAAGGUCGGGCCUCGAGGAGCGGAGGAAGCCUAUAAAUACGAGCUCGGUCUCAAUUCUUUUGCUUUCUCUCGACCGAUUGAUUGAUUCGCUUGGCGCUCUCCUGGGCUAGCCGUCGCGGAUAUUCGAUCUCGACACGAGCGCAGCAUUCGCUAAGAGGUUUCCUCCCGAGCAGCUGAUUUGUUGUGUCUCGUGUUGGGUCUGGACCCGUUUGCUCUGCAGUUCGAUCACGGACGGAGCACAGGGAGAGGAGACCGAUAGCGUAGGACGAAUUGUUUAUUGGAUUCUGCUACAGAAGUCCGCUUGUUUGUUUGUUUCGGAGCUUGUAUCGGCGAGUUUUCAGGCCGUUUGGAGUCUUGUGAGUUGAUGAAAGGUCCUCCGAUAGACGGGCGGUGAAUGUGGAAGAGAAGAGUCGAGAGAGGGAAACAGAGAGAGCGAGGAAGGAAGGGAGGGAGGAAGGGGGCAAGUGAAAGGGCAUAGUUUUGUUUGAGGUUGUCUUUUGCAUUUCCUGGAAACGAGGAGUGGGGCGGAAGCUCUCUAGAGGAGCAACAAGGGAGGGUAGUUCGGGUUUCGAGCGCGCUCAAGACGUUCGCGACGGACUUCGUGUGAUCGAAUUUUCGAUCCGAGGUUUUGAGGAUUGUGUGGCAAGCGAGUCGGCUUCCGGGCGAGGAAUUGCGUCGCUGCUCGAGUGGGACGUGACGUGCCGGUGGACGCGCAGCUUUUGUGGGUCGAGGAUCCGUCGAGAAUUCGACUCGAACAGGUGGAAACAUGAGUCAAAACGCCGGUGGCACGGAUGCUAUCGCUGCUCAGCAGCAGACGAACAACACCGCGGCAAUUGCUGCGCACGCUCCUAAUGCGAAAGCAUCCCGGGCCGUGUCUCAGCCUGUGGACAGUCACUCUGUCUCGCGAAGGUUACAGUCGGAGUUGAUGUCGCUUAUGACUUGCGGGGAUCCUGGUAUAUCAGCGUUUCCCGACGGCGACAACAUAUUCUCCUGGGUCGGAACCAUCAAGGGUAGCAAGAGUACCGUGUACGAAGGCAUGUCGUACAAGCUGACGUUGAAAUUUCCCACGGAUUAUCCUUUCAAGCCUCCGCUAGUGAAGUUCGACACUGCUUGCUUCCACCCGAACGUGGAUCAAUACGGGAACAUAUGCCUUGACAUUCUGCAGGAUAAGUGGUCAUCCGCAUACGAUGUGAGGACGAUUUUGCUCUCCAUUCAAAGCUUGCUUGGAGAACCGAACAAUGACAGCCCUUUGAACAGCUACGCAGCGGCUCUUUGGAACAAUCAAGAGGAAUACCGAAAAGCCAACUGCAAGCACUUCCGCGACGCUGGAGGAGUCAUGGCCAUCUCAAAAUGAGAACCAUAAUCCACCGCGGGUUCAGCAGAAGUCCACCAAUUUGCAUGCAGCAUUAGGGUCAGGAAAUCAAACAAACGAUCUGGCGUUUACAGAAAUACGAUCCAUCUUGUUGAUAGUCUCUGACAUUGUAUCAUUGUUACGCAGAGCUGAGUUAGCUACUGUAGUGGUGUAGAUGUGUAGAAUCCUCUUUUGGUAAAACGCAAAUGAACAUCAGCUUGUUGCAACUUAAUGCCUAGCGUGACAAGUCCUCGAGUGAUUUGACAGUCGUCACAUGAAUGACGCCCUUUUGGAGCCGAUGUCCGGCCGCGACUCUCGCUGUAAAAAAGCAUGAAAGGAUGAAGGUCGCGGGAUGGGGCCGCGCAGUCCUGAAUGAUCUUCGGAGCUAAGGGGUUGGAUAUACUCAAACAUCAGUGAAGGAUUAGUCUGCCGGUAGGUUGGUGCUGGAGGUUCGAUGGAAGUUCUCCGUCGUGUUCUUGCUUGUCUCGUCAGACCCAACCGACCAGUGAAGGCACACACUCAUUCAGGUAAAGUGAGAGGUCGUUACACGCCGAAGCUGGGCUAGGCUUUUCCAAAUUAUCAUUUGUAGUUUGGCUUUGUAUCAGCGGAGCAAGACUAUUAUGUUGCCCUUCGCUAGAACAAACUUCCACGGUUACAAUCUAUACAAUCACCUCAAGUGAUCUUUUUGCCCUCAAAGAAUCAAAUGAU